UGGAAGUGCUUGUCUUGUAUUGGGUGUCCAAUCUACUGUGCGUCUUGCUGCUUGACACAACAUCGGCGAACACCCUUCCAUCGGGUGGAGCGAUGGAGGCUUGAUCGCUACUGGGCACCGGCGUGGUUGCGUGAGGUCGGAGUUGUCAUCAAUCUUGGGCAUCGGGGA